GAUAGAAAUAUCUUCUGGUGAUAAUGGAGUAGAUAUCGAAGGAUUGUUUAGAAAACAUUUUGUUGUUAUACAAUGUAAAAAUUAUAGAGGAAGUGUUGGUGUCGCUAUAUUACGUGAUUUAGAAGCGGUAUUAUCUAGAUCUCCUAAAAAUACUAUUGGUAUUUUAGUGAUUCCGUGUAAAUCUAAAUACACUAUUGAUAUAAAAAAAAGAGUUAAAAAAUCUAUGCAAAUUAUCUUAACUGAUCAAGACAAUAUUUGUGUAGAUAUAAUUCAAUUUAUUAAUAUAAUGAUUUAA